CCUGCCUCCCCUGCGCUGCGAUAGGAAUACACAAUUGAACAGAAGCUGCAAGCUUGGCAGGAGCUGCCUUCUGCGUGCCUAUUUAUUUGCCGGAUCCGUAUUUUUUGCCGACUGGUUCAUUGCCGCCCCCUCUUCAGGGUUUCAUUUUAAUUUUUAUUUUAUUAUUAUUAUUAUUUUCGUGUGUGUGGAUUUUUAUUAUCUUUUUUUUUUUUUUUUUUUUUUUUUUCCGGGAACCCUCGCCGGAGUUUCGAUGCCGGGCCGGACUUAGAGCUGGCGCGGAGGAGCUGCGCGGAGCCGUGCCUCCUGCCCCGGGCUCCGCCCGCGGAUCGGCCUCUCUGGCCCGGCGCCGGCCGCGGAGUGGCGAGUGCGCUGCGCCGCGCGGCCGCCUCCCCGCGGAGCAGCCGAGGGAUGCUCCUGCGCCGCGGCCGGGCAUAGGUAGGAGCCGAGCGGGCGGGGGAGGGAGCGGAGGGAAGCAAGGAAGGAAGCAAGGAAAGAGGGAAAAAAAAGAUCCCCCAGCCCCGAGGGGAGAGGAAAAAGAGGAGAGACGACAAGGAGUGUGAAUGUGAAGGAAUGUGCCUGCCCACCGACGAAGCCCAGCGCUUGGGAUAAAAAAAAAAAAAAAGAAAAUAAAAAUCCAGGAGGCUGAUUCUUGCGACUUAUCACCUAGAAAAAAAAGGAAAAAAAAAAAGAGAGGAAAAAAAAACCUACGAGCGAAGAGGCUGAAGCGGGCAGCGCAAGAGGAGGGCACCCGGUGGAUGGCGCGGCCGUACCGCUGACUCCGCGGCCGCGGGAGGCUGCGCGGAACAUGCUGUGCUGGCGGCGUGACUGAGCGGGGCGCUCCCGCCGCCCGCGCCGCCCUCCCCUCCGCCCCCCUCCGCCGCAUGCCGCCGGCAGCCGCGGCGCGCUGAUGCCCCGGGGCCGCGGCGGCGCUGCGGACGGCCCCUAGGAUGAGCGAGGGGGCUGCCGGCGCCGCGGCGCCCGGAGCGGCAGAGGCGGCGGCGGCGGGGGGCCCGGGCGGGGAUGGGGCCGGGGGUCCGCCGCGGGAGCUGCGCUGCAGCGACUGCAUCGUCUGGAACCGGCAGCAGACGUGGCUGUGCGUGGUGCCCCUCUUCAUCGGCUUCAUCGGCCUGGGGCUCAGCCUCAUGCUGCUCAAGUGGAUCGUGGUGGGCUCCGUCAAGGAGUACGUCCCCACCGAGCUGAUGGACGCCAAGGGCGUGGGGCAGGACCCCUUCUUCCUCUCCAAGCCCACCACCCCGCCCCGCGGCGCGGAGACCACCGCCGCCGCCACGCCGCGGCCGCCCAGCCGCGUCAGCCCCCGCCUCACCACGAUGAGCCGGGCCCCCCCGCGGCCCCCUGGCACCCGCGGACCAGCGCGGGGCGGCCCGCGGCCCACCGCGGCGCGGCACCCCGCCGCGCCCCACACGGCGCCGCCCGCCAGCGGCCCCCCCGGCACCGCCGGCCGCGGCGCCCGCCCGCCGCCCGCCGCCCCCAGCACCCCGCCGCUGCCCGCCUGGCCCACUGCGGCACACGCUACCUCCUCCUACAAGAUCUAUGUCCACGACUCGGCGCCGUCCUGGACCUUGUCUCCCUUCCAGGAGUCAACCACCACCACGCCGGAGGCCAGCACGACCCCCAAAAUCCAUACUACAACGUAUUCCACUGAGCGAUCUGAGCACUUUAAGCCAUGCAAAGACAAGGAUCUGGCAUAUUGUCUUAAUGAAGGGGAAUGCUUUGUGAUUGAAACCCUAACAGGAUCACAUAAACACUGCCGGUGCAAAGAGGGCUACCAAGGAGUCCGCUGUGACCAAUUUUUGCCGAAAACCGACUCAAUCUUGUCAGAUCCAACAGACCAUUUAGGAAUUGAAUUCAUGGAGAGCGAAGAAGUGUACCAGCGCCAGGUGCUGUCUAUUUCCUGUAUCGUCUUUGGCAUAGUCGUAGUGGGCAUGCUUUGUGCAGCGUUCUACUUCAAAACAAAGAAACAAACAAAGCAAAUUCAUGAACAGCUGAAAGAAACACAGAAUAGGAAAACCUACAGCCUAAAUGCUUCCAGCAUGAUGGCAAAGUCAGAGUGUAUGGCACAAAGCCAAGUCCAGCUGCAAAAUUAUUCAAAAACAGAUAGGCAUCCUGGGCCUAUUCUUCACAAAGUUAUGGAGUCUAGUUUUUCAGGCCCUCAGUCUUUUCCAGAGGCCUUGUCUCCUGACAGAGGAACCCAGCCCAUCAAGCAACAUAGAAGUCUCUCUUCAUGCUGCAGCCCAGGACAAAAAAGUGGGAUGCUACAUAGAAAUGCCUUUCGGAGGACUCCUCCCUUACCUCGGGGUAGGUUCAGUGGAAUUACAGGACCAGCAUAUCAACAGCUAGAAGAGUCAAGGAUCACAGACCAGGACACAAUACCUUGUCACGGGUAUUCAUCCAGUGGUUUAAAAACUCCUCAGAAUACUUCAAUAAAUAUGCAACUGCCUUCAAGAGAGACAACCCCUUAUUUUAAUAACAUGGAUCAGAAGGACUUCAUCGGCUAUUCAUCUGCAAGAGCCAACUCUGUUCCCAUCAUCCCAUCUGUGGGCUUGGACGAAGCCUGCAUGCAAAUGCAAAAUGUUUCUGAAGUAACAGGCAUCAAAUGGUGCAAAAACUCCUAUUCAGCUGAACUUGUCAAUGUGAGUUCCCCAGUCAGUAAUUGUCUUAUAGCAGAACAACACGAAGUGAAAAUAUUGCUAGAAACUGUGCAGGAGCAGAUUCGGAUUCUGACGGACGCGAGGCGGUCGGAGGACUAUGAACUGGCAAGAGUAGAAGCAGAGAGCAGCACGAGUGAAAACACGGCCUUUCUGCCCAUGAGCCCCAUGGCCAAGUCAGAGCAAGAGGCACAAUUUGUCUUAAAAAGCGAAACGCAAAGAGACCCGGUAUUGAUCAAGUGACUUUGUGUGGGGAUUGUGGGAGGGGAAACGAGAUCUGUUCAUUUGAUGCUUUGCUAAACAGGAAGGGAGGAAAUUAAGUACAAAUUAUUUAUAUGCAUUAAUUUAAGAGCAUCUACUUAGAAGAAACCAAAUAGUCAAUCGCCCUCAUAUCAUAGUGUUUUUUAACAAAAUAUUUUUUUAAGGGAAAAGUUCCAGGAGGGGUGACGUGUGCAUCAGGUGCUUUCUAGGCAGGAUUACACAUAAAGUUUCAGUUACAGAGCGUUUUACCACGGUCCUCUUCAGCUGUCCAAAGGCUUAGGCUAUGCAUCUUUUUUUUAGUAAAGGCCAAGACCAUUCUUAGAUUCAUUUCCAGUUUCAGGGCAGUGCUGCAGCCAGCUGCUGCCCAGGGACUCAGAUCCUGGGGAGCAAGUCCCAUGACCCCACCACAGACCCAGUACCCUCUCCCCCUCUCCUCUUGGUUCCAGGUUCACACCAUGGCAAGCAGACAUCUACUUCUGAGGUCUGGUACCUACUGUGGAAUGACAAUAAAUCCCUAAAUUGAGUCAGACACUUAACUCUCAACCUUACUUUAAUGUGUCAGUCAAAGAAAGUCAAUGGAAACAUUUAGGAGCUUUGUGUUCAGCCAAGUGUGGAGUGGGAUUGGGGUCUGUAGAGAUACAGUGGUCAGGAACCUGCAGGUGCUCCAUUGCUUUGCCUGUCAGAGCAACCUUGGUGGAGAGUGAGGAAGAACAAAAAGUCCAAAUGUGUUUAUUAUGGAAGGUUUGGAUUUGAUUUGGGUUUUUUUGAGUGGGAACAAAUUCUAUUGUUCAUUAAUGACCCCUCAACAUUUCUAAACCGUUAUACUUUGAAGGCAUUUUUAAGCUCUCAAGGAGCACUUCUAAGUGUGUGUGUAUUUUUUUUAACUAAUUUUUUAUUAUGGGUUUUUCAAAGAAGAGUCAGUAAGAUCCAGAAUGAUCAAAAUCCAGCUGAUAAGUGUCCACACUGCCCUAAUUUGUUCCCACUUUCACUUCUCCAGUCACUUCAAUUAGUCAUGGCUUAGGCUUGUGAACUUUAAAGCUUCAACCCUGCAGAUGGUUCAGUAUGGGCAGACCCACAAGCAUGCACAGAUAUAAUUCUAAUUGAGCUAUAUAAGAGCAGAUGGUUUCCACCAAAUCACUCCCUGCAGGGAAUCAAGGCCUUAGAGAAGAAAUGUCAUUUCCUGGUUGCCAUAUCCCAAUCACACUAUAAGCAUUUUUUGCAUUUGCUUUCUUUUGAGUCCCUCUUCCCCCCAUAAAUUAUAACACAAUAUGCCAAUAAUACAAGGAAUUGGAUUCAGUGGCAUACACAUUACUGUUUUUAUUAGUGUUAAAAUAUCUCCUUAUUCGUGGGGAAAAGUAAAAUCAGCUAUAAUAAAUAAUUGCUAAAUAGCCUUCCCUGGUUAAUGUCAGAAGAUUGAUUAAAAAAAAAAUUUACAGUAUAUACAGAAUGUAAUAAAAUACUCCUUUGCAGCAAAUUAUUUGUUAAAUUUAUUUAUGCGCCCCAGACUUACCAGUUCACAAGUCUCAAGACUUCCCAAAAUAGCACAAUCAAUCAUGCAGUGCUGUUGUAUGUUGAGUCAGAAUAAAGCAAUAUUUUAACCUCUGUCAAGUAAAUUUGCAAAAGAAAUGCUGAAGAUGUAUGUCAUUUUUUUUGUUAAGGCAGUAAAAAAAUUACUAUUCACAGUCUUCAUUCACCAAGUCUUAUUUUGGGUUUCUUUUGAGGUUUUGGUUUUUGUUUUGGUUUGAUUUUUUAAGAUAAAGUUGAUGAAAUUGUCUUGUUUACAGAACUUUCUAUGCUGUAAUUUUUGCUGUGUAUUUUCAAUAAAAAUAUAUUUGAGGGCAAAGUAUGCUUUAUGCCCCAGGAUGGAGCCUGCCUCGUUCAGAAUUCCUUCUUCAAAGACACAGGGCCUUUGUUGUGGCCAUAAUGUGCGAUCACCGUGAAGAGUGGUCUCACCCUGACAUGUUUCUGCAAUAUGUUGUGGCUGGGCACAGUCUCACCAUGCAUGAGUUGAGCUAACUGUGCUGGCUAUGGCCCCAAGCCCACACCAAAUAAACCCUCUGAUAAAUGAGGUGUUAUUUAGGUGGGGCUCAGCUUCACGUCCCUAUAGUCAUAUGACUUUUCUGUCAACACCAUUUACAUCCAGCCAGCUCAGGACAUGAGCAAAGUGAGGUUGCCUCUGCCCAUAAGUCCUGUGAAUAUACCUGUAAUAUAAAAACUGGCUACUAUAUAAAGCUCUGAUUCAAUAAUUUGCAAAGUGUGAUCACAAUUAAUUAAUUGUUCGUCAUUAAUUUUAUCAAGAGAUGCUCUCCCUGCAAUAAAGUGCAGCAUCUUGCCUAGACAGAUGUUUCAAAAUUAGAUCUUUUCAAUCCAGAUCUAAGGUCUUUUCACCCCCAAAUCCUACCAAACUCUGCAAAUUCACCUUUGGCAACCAACAUAUUGGAAAUACACAGCAAAAUUUCUGUUGAAGAAAGAACCAUGUCAUAAGCAAUGCCUUUAUGGAGAGAAUGUGUUCACUCAGCACGCCUGAAAGACUCAGAAAGAGGGAAAGAGCAAUGUAUUUAAGAGAAUGAAAUGUUUGACUGAACGAUAGAUCUUAAAAUGGUGAGGAUAUCUUCAGUUUAUGUUAGAGAUGCGAUCUUGUACUCAGCAAAGGAUGUGUGACUGUUAUAUGUUAACUGUUCUAUUCAGUUUUCAGCAUGUUUGAAUAGAGAGACAUUAAUAUUAACCAUAUGACAGACUAGUGUAUUAUUUGUUAAGAGUAUCGCUUCAGAUCCUAUUGAAACUGUCAUUGUUCGCAGAGGAAAAGAAAAAGGUUUGAAAACAUCAAACUAGGUAGCCUUAAUGUCAUUUGUGUGUUUCUCUAAUGCACCAGUUUUCCUCCAUGGACCCUUCUAUUUUACAGUGAAUGGAACAAAAUUUUCUCUGAAGUCUGACAAUUAACUAUGUAGAGGACACAACAGAAAGUUGAACCGAAAUAGCCAAAAUGGUAGGCCGAAUUUUGCGUUACUUCUGAUCCCUAUGGUCACACUGAACUCAGUGGAUCAGAAGGGAUGUGAGUCAACGCAGUUCAUUCCUAAAAUUACAUCUGUUCCUAUUCUUGGAAACAGACUGUAAUCCCUCUAAAAGAGUCUCUGAACUCAGUAAUUUACCUGUAAUGUAAUUAAAAAUUAUAUCUGACCUAUGAAGUUCCAAGUGUAGUCUGGUGUGAAAAUUCACACAUGCAGCAUUACACUCGAGUAAACUGGGAGAACAGCUAACUAAAUAAAUUGAACUUCCUCUGAACUGAACAGAGAAAGCCUGUGUCUCUUCAGCAUAAUACUCCAGAGCAGAAUUGUGAGAGAAGUCUAUAUCCUGAUUUUUUUCUUCUGUAUAGAAUUUCUUCAAAAUAACCCUAAAAAAAAAAAUCCAGUAGAAUGAUCCCAGCAUUUGAAAUAGGAAAUGUAGGUGAGUAUGGGCACAUUUCAUAGCAUUAACCACUGGAAAAUUCUUCAGUACACCCAUGACACAAAACUGGAACAUUCUGAUUCUUGCACAGUUAAAUUUUGAUCAACAAAUGCAUCCAUGCAAAAAGAGCUCUUCAGAAUGCUUUUGGUAUCUAGCCACGCUCCCAGCUGAUGUAGUCAAUGUAGUAAUGACAGUUUAUAUUAAUAGAGGAUCACAUCCAAAAUCUCUUCUACUCAAUAUUCAAUGUAGUGUCACAAAGUUUAGUAACCUUCCACGUGGUCUAAGGACUUCUGCGCUGAUUUAUGGAGCUACCAUCAUUUUGCUCAUGAAAAUCAUACUUGUGUCAGUGUGUGAACACCCUCACUAGAAUACAGUGCAAGAUUUGUUGCCCAAAUGAUUGGUUUGUCAGGUCUGUCUUUUACAAGGGCUGAGUAUCACUGACCAGGCUCUAAAAACAAUGAACUUUCUGCCAGGUGGCUAAUUCCAGUGUUACUCAUUAGAAUCCUACAGCUUCAGGUUUCAAUUUUGAAAAAACAAUGAGAUGAUGCAUGUGCUCAUGACCAUGCAUGUGCUAGAUAUGUUCCUGAAUCAAAUGUUCAAUCAUAAGAUCAUAAGAAGAUAAUUAAUGUCUGCUUCUCAUGUAAGUAGGGAGAAAAUCUGGAUUCCUCUUCCCAAUUCAUCCCCAGCAAGGCCCACUUCUGUGCUGUCCUAUGCCUGUUUGAUUUUUUCUGAAGUCACUGAAUUUGCAAUGGUUGAGCAUCUUUAUUCAUGUUCAAUUUUACCUUGCCCUCAGAAUUUAGUAUAAUUGAUAGCCUAAUAGUUGGGACACUGAGGGUGUUCGCUGAGUAAAUUUAAGGCCUAAAACAUUCAAAAUUUUUUACAUGUACAUUUGUCUGCUUUGGGUAGCCCUUAUGGGAAAUCUUUCCCUUGAAGAAAGAUUUACGCAGCAUGUGCUACAAGGCAUUUUUCUGCCAUUCCUGCUGGUAUCAACAUUUCCAGUCUCUGAGUCAAAUGCUCUCUUCAGGUUUUCCUGGGCACUGGGACCAGAAGCCUCUGACUUCUUUCAGAGUACCAAUGACCAGAAGUCAUCUGAAGUGUCCUGAGCUAUAGCUAUACAUCAGAACACUUCUGCCUAUUAAUAGUAAAAUGUCUCCAGAGGUUAAGACCUCUCAUAUGCAUUGCAUUAAAUUAUAUAAUAAAUAUAAUGCCAAAGUUCAUAAAAUGAAAAAUUAUAUAGUAAAUAUUAUUGAUUUUAUCUAUAUCUUGCUUUGAAGGAAUAUGGAAUGAGAGCUCUCAGUUGUGUAAAUAUUUGGAAACUAAAAUACAAAUAAUAAUAAUAGAAAAGAAUACAAAGAAUAAUUAAUAUUCUAAAAUACAAAAGAGAGUUCCUUGCUUUCUCUGAAAUAAACAGUAGUAGCUAAAGGUUAUCGAGAUGUAUCAGGGAAAUGAAAAAAGACUCAUUUUAUAAGGCAUUUUAUGUCAUGCCAGUAAUAUGUAUAAGAUGGUGUUUUUAAGGAAUUCAGGCUUAGAGUUUCCAUUGCUUGACAAUAUAUUAAGAUCAUGUUUCUUUCAUAACAUAAAGCUUACUUCUAUACAGAGCUGAGGCAAGUAUCACCCACCUUAGCAUAAGCCGAACAGAAAUGCAGUAUAGGUUUCACUUUGGCUUUCUGACUCAAGUGUUAAACUCACUUCAGAUUACCUCUGAUCUCUUCCAGGAAAGAAUGAAUGAGUAUCCCUAAAAAAAAAAAAAAAAAAAAAAAAUGAAAAUAGG